CCCGCUAUAACGUUGUUUAGAUCUCCCCAACCCUUGUCGGCCGUCACGCACAUCACCUGCUGACAGCUGAAAUUCACAUCUGGCAAUUGCUUUGAAAAGAAGAGAAAAGUUACGAAUGUAGCAGGCAGCCGCACAUUUCAAUUGAAAGUUUGUUGAUGAUGUAGAUUACCGACUUAGGGAUCUAAAUUGUGUAAUCCAAGGCCAAAGCGAAGGAGAAGGCCAUCCCCUUUUCUCGUACAUGCAUGCGGGCUAGCAGUCUUAUUGUUAACUGGACCAACCAAAGAAGUCUGAUAUGCAACUUGUUCUUCUCAGUUACUAAAUAUGAAGUGCUGUUGUAGGCUUUUGUUUAAAGAUUACAGACAUUAACAAGGACCAUUUGUAUCUGAUAUUUUAGCCAUGUGUAAUUGAAGCAAAUAUCAAAGCCGAACCAAUAGUUGUGUGUAUCGAAACUUCUUUCUUCAGGGCAUCCAAAUUUUGGGCAUACACGUUAAACAAGAUGGAGGUUGGAAUGAUGCAAGCUGCAGCUGAUGAAGAUUUUGAGAAACUUUGGCAAAUGGUAGCAGAUAACUCUUGGAAACUGGAGUAUCAACAUGAGGAAAUCAAUGUGUGGAGCAAACAUUCAAACAGCACAGACUUAAAAAUUGUCAAAGUGAAAACCACUUUUCAUGAUGUUGAUAUGUGGUUGUUGUUUGAUCUCUUAAUGGAUGGAGACUAUAGACCUGUUUGGGAUACAUGUAUGGUUGCAUCUUACACCAUAGGCUAUAUUAAUCCAAACAAUGAUGUUGGUUAUUACGCCAUGUCGUGCCCGCCACCGAUUCAGAACCGCGAUUUUGUCCUUCAACGUUCGUGGUUAGCCACACCAAAAGGAGUAUCCCACAUCACAGGCUACGUUAUCGAGCCUUUGCCCGGAAAAUCCAAGGGCCUAACGCUUGCCUAUGUCUCGGCAACGGAUCCACGGGGAGCAAUCCCUACUUGGGCUGUGAAUAAAGGCACUCAGUAUUUUGCCCCCAAGAUGAUGAAAACUUUGCAUAAAGCUUGCCGCGGAUAUUUAGAAUGGAAACAAUUACAUAGUCCAGGCUUCAAACCUUGGUUGUAUCCCGAACAAAUGGACCAUCCAAAACUGCUAGUCGAGCAAGACACUACUGUAAAUGGUACUAACGAAAUUCCGUUGAACGACAAAGGAACUAAUGGAGAGAGUCAAGAGACGGUAUUAUUUUAAUGAAAAGCACUUUCGAACGCCGUGCACAAGUAUGCUAGCUUAUGUUUCACUUGGUUGUCACUAUGAAAAUAUGUCGCGCUUAUUAAUUAUUUUGAAGGAUAGAACGAUUGUGAACAAUUUAAUAUAACAUAGCCCACUGUUAUAUUGAUGAAGAAAAACUAAUCAACAACUGCAUUCCACAUAUUCCUUAAAGAAUGUAGAUGAGGAAAAAACACUUGCAACAAAUAGACAUUUCAAUUUGGGAAUAA